AAAACUGCUGGAUGAACCGGAAGUGGACGUCAGAUGACCCAGAAUUGGUUUCCGUCGGUGUGAUGUUGGAAGGAUUGUGAGUUCCUUGCGGAAUUUACGUGUCCAGCGGAGAUAAACAAUCUUUUUUUAUUUGAUACAUCCUCUGUUUUGAAACGACGGAGUGAGUGAGAGCUGCUCGAUGUGACUCGCCCGUCCGUCGACCAUGAGUAACAGCCACCCUCUCCGGCCCCUGGCCUCCGUGUCGGAGAUCGACCACAUCCACCUGCUGUCCGAGCAGCUGGGGGCCCUGGUGCUCGGCGAGGAGUACAGCGAUGUUACCUUCGUGGUGGAGGGGAAGCGGUUCCCGGCGCACCGCGUCAUCCUGGCAGCUCGUUGCCACUAUUUCAGGGCCCUGCUGUACGGUGGGAUGAAAGAGUCCCAGCCCCAAGCGGAGGUGCGCUUGGAAGAGACGCGGGCCGAAGCCUUCUCCAUGCUGCUGAACUACCUGUACACGGGUCGGGCCAGCCUCAGCUCGGCCCGGGAGGAGGUGCUGCUGGACUUCCUGGGCCUGGCUCACCGCUACGGCCUCCAGCCGCUGGAGGACUCCACCUCCGAGUUCCUCCGCACCGUCCUGCACACCAACAACGUCUGCCUUGUUUUUGACGUGGCCAGUCUGUACUCUCUGAGCGCGCUGAGCGCGGCCUGCUGCGCCUACAUGGACCGACACGGACCCGAAGUGUUGAACUCUGACGGCUUCCUCCAGCUGUCCAAGACCGCUCUGCUGACCGUGGUGAAGCGCGACUCGUUUGCCGCCAGUGAGAAGGAGAUCUUCCAGGCGCUGAGUCGCUGGUGCCGGCAUCAUGAGGAGGGGGCCGACACCCAGGAAGUGAUGUCGGCGGUGCGGCUGCCGCUCAUGACCCUGACCGAGAUGCUGAACGUGGUGCGACCGUCGGGCCUGCUGAGCCCCGACGACCUGCUGGACGCCAUCAAGACGCGCUCGGAGAGCCGCAACAUGGACCUCAACUACCGCGGCAUGCUGAUCCCGGAGGAGAACAUCGCCACCAUGAAGUACGGCGCCCAGGUGAUGAAAGGGGAGCUGAAGUCGGCGCUGCUAGACGGAGACACACAGAACUACGACCUGGACCACGGCUUCUCCAGGCAUCCCAUCGAGGAUGACGGGCGGGCCGGCAUCCAGGUGAAGCUGGGCCAGUCGUCCAUCAUCAACCACGUCCGCCUGCUGCUGUGGGACAGAGACAGUCGGUAAGACGGAGGAA